AUGUCCGCCGGCCUUCCCCUCGCCUACAUCUUCGCGGAGACCCCCGAGGAGCGUGAGGAGCUUGGUGCCGCCCUGAAGCCCAUUGCCGAGAAGUACCGCGGCAAGAUUAACUUCGCCACCAUCGACGCCAAGGCAUUCGGUGCUCACGCUGGCAACCUCAACCUCGCUACCGACAAGUUCCCCUCGUUCGCCAUCCAGGAGACCGUCAAGAACCAGAAGUUCCCCUUCGACCAGGACAAGAAGAUCACCCACGAUGACAUCGCCAAGUUCGUCGAUGACUUCUCCUCCGGCAAGAUCGAGCCCAGCAUCAAGUCUGAGCCCAUCCCUGAAUCCAACGACGGCCCCGUCGCCGUUGUUGUCGCCAAGAACUACGACCAGAUUGUCCUUGAUGACAAGAAGGACGUCCUGAUUGAGUUCUACGCCCCUGGUGCGGCUCUGGCUCCCAAGUACGAGGAGCUUGGUGAGCUGUACGCCAAGAGCGACUUCAAGGACAAGGUUGUCAUCGCCAAGGUUGACGCUACUGCCAACGACGUUCCCGAUGAGAUCCAGGGUUUCCCCACCAUCAAGCUCUACCCCGCUGGUGGUAAGGAUGCCCCCGUCACCUACUCCGGCUCCCGCUCCAUCGAGGACCUGAUCGAGUUCGUCAAGGAGAACGGCAAGUACAAGGCUGAGGUCUCCGCCAAGGAGGAGGGUGCCGAGGAGAGCCAGGCCGCCCCUGCUGCCACUGAGGCCAAGGAGGAGAAGUCCAAGGAGACCAAGGAGGCCAAGGAGGAUGGCCACGACGAGCUGUAA